CGCGAGAUCGUUUGUAGAUUUAAGAAAUUUAAGAGUUUUAAGUGACUAAUAUCCGUCGAUGAUAAACUAAUUUUGUUGAAAAAUUUGUUAUUGAUCGUAGUCUCUUAUUACUGAGCAUAACAAAUUAAAUUUUGCACGGCGAUUAAUAUUAUUAUCGAUAGUUGGAGACGGAGAGUAGGUGUAGAACGUUGACUUAUUCCAUGGUUUAGUACUGUGACGCCUCACAACCCGGCCUAAUUCUUCUCGAUAUUUCUCCGCGUUACAAGUAAAGGCCAGAUCUUCCACGGCGUUUCGAGGCGACCGCUGCCAGAGUAUUUAAGAACAGGAAUCCGAUCACAGGCCAGUCAGUCAAUGAACGAGCCGCGACGCGUGAUAUAAUUGUAUUCGAUCGGAUUUAGUGAAAUGUAUUUAUUAGUUAUCGUAGUUAUUAUGUUUAGUUAAUUAAAUCAUAAAUUUGAGUUGUAAAUAAAUUAGAUGUAUUAGUUGGUGUUAUUUGUAAUUAUUAAAAUAAAUAAGUGAUGUAAAUAAAAUAAUAUAAGUAAGUCUUCCUUUAUUUAAAUUAAACUUAGUGCCUAAAGAUAUAAAUAAAUAAAAUAGUAGAGUCAAUCGCGUAACAAAAUGGUGUCAGAAGUGGGAUACUUGAAAUAAAUAUCAACGUAAAUUUUCGGUUUAAAUACAGUGUGGAACCUUUAAAAAUAAAUUAAUAUAAAUCGUAAUAAAUAAAGUGUGUGAUCAUGUCUACCUUGUGUAAGCUAAAAAUUGCAGACCUGAGACUUGAAUUGGAAGAAAGGGAUCUGAGUUCUACUGGUAAAAAGGCUGAUCUGGUCGAACGUCUAAAGAACGCUCUUCAGGAAGAGGGUCAAGAUCCAGAAACCUAUUUGUUUGAAGACAAGCAUGCUGCUGUGAUCUCGUCGACUUCGAAAGUUUCCUCCGAUGUUUCUAAAGUUUCGACAGACAUUACAUUGUUAGAGAACAAAGUUUCUAGUGAAAUCUCCCAAGUUUCCUCGGAUGUUUCGAAAGUUUCCUCCGAUGUUUCUAAAGUUUCGACAGACAUUACAUCGUUAGAAAAAAAAGUUUCUAGUGAAAUCUCCCAAGUUUCCUCGGAUGUUUUGAAAGUUUCGACAGACAUUGCAUCAUUAGAGAAGAAAGUUUCGGGUGAUAUUUCAUCCCUUGACAGCAAAAUGACUAACGAGAUCUCUAAAGUCACUUCGGAUUUUGACGACAAGAUAUCGUCCAUAAAAUCUACCUUUGAAGAAAAGAUCAAGGAAAUAGAAAAGAAACUGGAGGAAACGGAAAAAGUGGACAAAGUGGUGGAACCCAUCUUAACAGAUAUUAAAGAUGAUGAAACCAAAUACAAAGUGGAGCCACGGUCGAUAGUUGAAGGGAGUGUAGGUCAUGCUCGUGUUAAGGUGCCAAAUUUCGACGGAAAGUCAUCAUGGAACAACUACAUGAAACAGUUCGAAUCUGCGGCCAGAGCGAACGGAUGGUCCGAAAAAGAAAAAGCUGUAAACCUCUCUAUUGCUCUUCGAGGCGACGCUUUGGAUGUCCUCCAGACCAUAGCCGUAGAGGAGACAGAUGACUUCGAGCAGCUGAAGAAGAGACUGAAUAUGCGAUACGGGCACGAACAUUUAGAGCAUGUCUAUCAGUCGCAGUUUAAAAAUCGAAGACAAAAGAAAGAUGAAGCUCUUCAAGAAUACGAGGUCGAUAUUGCCAGGUUAGUACGAUAUGCAUAUCCAACAGCUCCCGAAGACAUGAUGGAAAAGUUGGCUGUUCAAACAUUUAUUGAUGGCCUUCGUGAUCAUGAAAUGCAAAGAACACUGCGAUUAGCUCGUCACAAGACGCUGGUCGAUGUCUUGUCUGCCGCCCUCGAAUACGAAUCAGCUACCCAGGCCUUUGGUGGGUACAGUAAAGUGAGGACUGUGAAAGAGGAACAGGAUGAGGACAAACUUGACCAGCUUGUUAAUAUGAUGAAAGACAUUGCAUCCAAGAAAACGAAGACCAUAAGGUGCUGGAACUGUGGGGAAAUGGGACACGUACGGAGUUCAUGUAAGUACCCUAGGUACAAUAACAAUCAAGAGACUCACCAGCAGGAAAACUAGAACGGGUCGGCCUCAGGGGGGCAGCUUCGACCCGCAACUUUUCCAAAGACCCUCUCAUACUAAUAGCUUCUUUGAAAUGUCGUGAAGAUAGUGUACAUGUGGAUGGAGAAAUAAAUGGUAAAAAGUAUACAUUGUUGGUGGAUACCGGAGCGACCAGGACGAUUAUACGACCGUCAGUUUUAAACAGCCGUAAGAAACUCUUACCAACGAGGUUGCGACUGCGGACUGCCACAGGUGAAAAUGCCAACACCCAUGGAGAAAUCCAGAUACAAUUAGGGAUUGGAGCAGAAAAGUUCGUCCAUACUGUCAUAGUUGCAAACAUCGAAGAAGAUGUUA